UUUCAGAGCUUGGAUGUUUUUGAUACAAUGGGCAAUUCCAGUUCAACCAAGGCACACAUGGAGACGGCCCAGAAGACAGGCACCCUCGGCCUGGCCAACUGUGGCCUGAACAAACUUCCGGAUGGCCUGGAUAAAUUGAAGGCAAAUCUGAGGACCCUGGAUGUGAGUGGGAACAAGUUGAACAAGCCAGACAGUUUCCCGCCUUGUCUCAGUCAGUUCCAGAUGAUGAAAACUCUCGUGAUGGUCGGAUGCGAGCUAGUUGAAUUGCCAGAAGGCAUAUUUAGCAUGAAGAAACUGGAAACAUUGAACGUAUCAAACAACAAAAUCAAAUCACUUACCUCCAAAGUCGGCCAGCUGAAGAGUCUAAAAAGCCUGAACAUAACAAACAACAGCAUACAAUCUCUUCCUGAUUCUCUACCUCAGUGCAAAAAUUUAGAAGUCAUCGAGGCCAGCUAUAACAUCCUUCAGUCUUUACCGACUGGUUUAGGCCAAUUGAAUAUUCAAGAACUAAAUGCCAACAGAAAUCGAUUGUCAGACAUUCCGGCUGAGCUCAAAAACUGUCCGAGACUGAAAAUUUUGAGGCUCGAAGAGAAUUGUUUGAGUCUGAACGACAAUCUGAGAACAAUUUUGGGCGAUUCUGGAGUUUCACUUAUCUGUCUGGAAGGUAAUUUGAUCACGCAGAAGGAACUGGAUAAUACGGAAGAGUAUAAAAAGUACAUGGAGCGGUUUACGGCCACGAAAAAGAAAAUUUUCUAAUCCUUUUCUAUCCCAAUUCAAUCUAAACUUAUCUGAAACUAAACAAUUUUAGAUGUUUUUAUUUAUUAGAUUGCCCCUUUUAUUUAAACGUCCCUUUUUCUA